GCCUAGCGCAGGAGGAGGAGCUGGUGCUGCGGGGCUGCCCGCCCGCGGGGGAAACUCGGCGGUGGCGGCAGUGGCGCUUCCCGGUAGCGGCGCGGAAUCUGGGCCGAGUUCCAUGUGGAUGGUUUAGUUUGAGCGGCAUCUUGCACCCCACUGAUUCAGAGUUCAAAGUUCAGAAAUUGAUUCAAGCUCCCAUGGUGUGAACUGGAGGAGGAGGUGGUGUGAUUCGGAAUGUUGACUUUGAAAGCUCAGGGAAGAAGCAGCAGGGAGAAAAACAUAACACAGUGUGCCUGAAAAUGACGACAAAGAGGAACUUGUUUGUGCGGCUGGUGCCAUGCCGCUGUCUGCGUGGGGAAGAAGAAACUGUUACUACGCUUGAUUACUCUCACUGCAGCCUGGAACAGGUGCCUAAGGAGAUUUUUACCUUUGAAAAGACCUUGGAAGAGCUCUAUUUAGAUGCUAAUCAGAUUGAAGAGCUUCCAAAGCAACUUUUUAACUGUCAGUGUCUGCACAAGCUGAGUUUGCCAGACAAUGAUCUAACCACUUUGCCAGCAUCCAUUGCAAAUCUCAUUAAUCUCAGGGAACUGGAUGUCAGCAAGAAUGGCAUACAGGAGUUUCCAGAAAAUAUCAAAAACUGUAAAGUUUUGACAAUUGUUGAGGCCAGCGUAAACCCUAUUUCAAAGCUUCCAGAUGGAUUUUCCCAACUGUUAAAUCUAACACAGCUGUACCUGAAUGAUGCUUUUCUUGAGUUUUUACCCGCCAAUUUUGGCAGGUUAACUAAACUCCAGAUAUUGGAACUUAGAGAAAACCAGUUGAAAAUGUUGCCAAAAACCAUGUCCAGACUGACUCAGCUGGAGAGACUGGACUUAGGAAGUAAUGAAUUCACAGAAGUGCCUGAAGUACUUGAACAACUGAGUGGGUUAAAGGAAUUUUGGAUGGAUGGUAAUAGAAUAACACUUAUCCCAGGGUUCAUAGGCACUUUGAAACAGCUGACCUAUUUGGAUGUUUCUAAAAACAACAUUGAAAUGGUUGAAGAAGGGAUCUCAGGCUGUGAAAGCUUACAAGAUCUGUUGUUAUCUAGUAAUUCACUUCAACAACUGCCAGAAUCCAUUGGUUCACUAAAGAAAGUAACAACACUUAAAAUUGACGAAAACCAGUUAAUGUAUUUGCCAGACUCCAUAGGAGGAUUAAUAUCAGUAGAAGAACUGGAUUGUAGUUUCAAUGAGAUUGAAACUUUGCCUUCAUCUAUUGGGCAGCUCACAAACAUACGGACCUUUGCUGCAGAUCACAAUUUUUUAACGCAGCUGCCACCAGAGAUUGGAAACUGGAAACAUGUAACGGUACUAUUUCUGCAUUCUAACAAGCUUGAAGUUCUGCCUGAGGAAAUGGGUGAUAUGCAGAAAUUAAAAGUCAUCAAUCUAAGUGACAAUAGACUGAAGAAUUUGCCCUUUAGCUUUACAAAGUUGCAACAGCUGACUGCUAUGUGGCUAUCAGACAAUCAGUCUAAAGCACUAAUUCCCCUUCAAAAAGAACUUGAUCCAGAGACACAGAAAACAGUGCUUACUAAUUAUAUGUUCCCUCAGCAACCAAGGAAUGAAGAUGUUAUGUUCAUAUCGGAUAAUGAAAGUUUCAAUCCCUCCUUGUGGGAGGAACAGAGAAAACAGCGAGCCCAAGUGGCAUUUGAAUGUGAUGAAGACAAAGAUGAAAGAGAGGCACCACCCAGGGAGGGUAAUCUGAAGAGGUAUCCAACACCAUAUCCUGAUGAACUGAAGAAUAUGGUCAAAACAGUUCAGACAAUUGUGCAUAGACUGAAAGAUGAAGAAACUGCUGAAGAAGUUGGCAGAGAGUCAAACAAAGAAGGCCAGCAAGUUUCAGUAAAAGACAUGGGUGUAAAGACUUCAGAAACUGGUCUGGCAAAGGGCAAAACAGAAGACAGAAAGCAAUAUUCUAUGGGAAACUGUGUGCAGAAGCCCACUGAACCAGAAGCUGAGCACAACACUGGAAAUUCACAGAUGACUGCGCACAUUAAAACCUUGAAGAACACAAAAACAAUAGUCAACCAUGAAGACAUGCUUGAGGUACAGCAUUGUGAUGCACAGCCCAGCAGUCAGAGCUUUGAGUCGGAAGACCUUUCAUCUGAUGGAGAGAUGAAAAUGGCAGAAAUGCGCCCACCAUUGAUAGAAACCUCUAUUAACCAACCAAAAGUAGUAGCACUUGCCAAUAGCAAAAAAGAUGACUCUAAAGAUGCAGAUUCCUUAUCAGAUGAAGCCACCCACAACAGCAAUCAGAAUAACAGCAACUGUUCUUCUCCUUCUCGAAUGUCAGAUUCAGUUUCUCUAAAUACAGACAGUAGCCAAGACACUUCACUGUGUUCUCCAGAAAAAGAAACACGCACUGCUGUAAUUUCCAAAGUCAGGCAAGAAGAUGAAAAUUUGAAUAAUCUUUUGCAAAAUGGAGGUGAAUUAAGCAUCAUAGCAGAAGAAAAAAUCAGUGUACAAGACAAGAUUACAAAUUUGACUGAAUAUGAUUUAAGUAUUGAAGAGAGAUUAGUUCUAAUAGAAAAAGGUGUUGAUCUAAACACAGCCACUGAGGAAUCUCACAAGCUAGACCAAAUAAACAUGAAUAUCAAUAAAUUGUCUAGUGAAGAUACAGUGCAAUUGCAUGCUGUGGAAAGAUUAAAACCACAGGAAACAGUGUCAGUAAAGGGCUUUUUAAACAAUAACAUGAAAGAAAAAACCGAGUUCUUGGAAAAUGGAAAUAAAUAUCCUGUGAAUAAGGUGAAUGGACAUUCUGAGGAAGCAUCACAGUCUCCAGGGCAGGAUGAACUUAAGAGAAGCACUACAGUUGAUACUGAUCCUUCUACUGAGAUACCUCUUUCAAAGAGCACUGAAGAUCUGUCUCCACAGCGAAGUGGCCAAGUGGUGAAAUCUCACAGCAUCACCAAUAUGGACACUGGUGCUCUCAAAAUAUAUGAUAUUGUCAAUAACAGUGAAUUCCAGCAGCCAAACUCAGUGGUAAAAUCGGUAUCUGCUAGCACAGAUGGCAAAAAUAUAGUCCGAAGCAAGUCUGCCACUCUUCUUUAUGACCAGCCUUUGCAGAUAUUUCCAGGAUCAUCGUCAUCAUCUGAUUUAGUUUCUUGUACAAAAACUGUGUUCAAGUUUGAUUCAAAUCACAAUCCUGAAGGUGCUAAUGUGAUUAGAGGAUCAGUGGCAAGUGGUGCGCAGAUGUUCAGUGUGCCUCAGUAUAACAUCCAGUAUAGUAGCAGUGCAACAGCCAAAGAUACCUUGUGGCCCCAAAAACAAAAUACUCAAGUAGAACAAGGCAGCUUACCUCCUCAACGUCUCCCUAGGUCAGACAGCACAGAAACCUCUAAUUACAUAAAACAUUCUGCUAACAUGAAUUUCUCCAAUCAUAAUAAUGUUCGAGCCAGUGCUGCAUAUAACAUUCAUCAAAGGCAUAUGGGUGGAAGGCAUAUAGAAAUGUGGGUCGUUCCCCCAAGCAACAGACUUCUUCCAGGAGCAUCCAGAAAUACUCUUCAGAGACAAAGCAGUGUAUCCUCCUCAGCUUCUGUGAAUGUGGGUGAAACUGGACCCCCAAGACGCAACCAGAUUCCUGAAGGGGACUACUUAACCUAUAGAGAUUUGCAUUCAAUAGGAAGAACUCCACCAAUGCUGUCUGGUCAACAGAGGCCUCUUUCUGCAAGAACCUAUAGCAUCGAUGGUCCAAAUAUAUCCAGACCUCAAAGUGCUCGCCCUUCAGUGACUGAAAUACCAGAGAGAACUAUGUCAGUUAGUGACUUCAAUUAUUCAAGGACUAGUCCCUCAAAAAGAUCAAACCCAAGGGUUAAUUCUGAACAUUCAUUAUUAGAUCCUUCAGGAAAAAGUAAAGUCCCUCAUGAUUGGAGGGAACAGGUGCUGCGACACAUUGAGGCUAAAAAGCUAGAAAAGAGCAUGCUGUCUAGGUCCUUUAAUUCCAAUUAUGCUGCAGUUAGCAGCUUUCACUAUGGCAGCUCUAGGGAUCUGCAUGGCAGCCAGGGUAGUGUUGCCUUGAGUGUUGCAGACGGAAGAGGUUCUGGUGUGCACAUUGUCCGUCAUCCCCAGGCAUCAACUCCAGGAGACCAAGGCCAAGAUGAAGUAUUCAUUUCAGGACAGCCAGCCUAUUCAACUGCCACACUUAGUCUCAAAGAUGUUCCACCAGACAGCAUGAAGAAAGUAGCUAUACAGAUACCUUUGACAAAUGGGCAGAUGUGCCAGCCUCUGAGGCCUCAGGCAAACUAUAGUCAAGUCCAUCAUCCCCCUCCCCAAGCGUCUGUGGCAAGACAUCCCUCUAGAGAACAAUUAAUUGAUUAUCUGAUGCUGAAAGUUGCCCAUCAGCCUCCCUAUUCUCAGCCCCAAUGUUCUCCCAGACAAGGGCAUGAAUUGGCAAAACAAGAGAUUUGUGUGAGAAUUGAAAAAGAUCCAGAGCUUGGAUUUAGUAUAUCAGGAGGAGUUGGUGGUAGAGGAAAUCCGUUCAGACCCGAUGAUGAUGGUAUAUUUGUAACCAGAGUACAACCUGAAGGACCGGCAUCAAAACUGUUGCACCCUGGAGAUAAAAUAAUCCAGGCUAAUGGAUACAGCUUUCUCAAUAUUGAUCAUGGACAAGCAGUGUCUUUGCUAAAGACCUUUCAGAACACAGUGGAACUUGUCAUUGUGCGAGAGGUUUCUUCAUAAAUACCAUGGACAAGGGGAAAAAUGACAAGAUUCAUCAGAGGACUUGUGGGAAAUUGAAUAUUUUGACUAUUUUUAUAUAUGAAAGGAACUUGAAAAGAAUUAUGAUCAAAAUUUGUACAGCAAUGAAAUACUGAACUUGUGGUUAUGGGGGGGGAAACCACUGUAUAGAACAUACAGGAAAUCAUUUUGGAAAUGCAUAUGGUGAAUAAAAAUUGUUAAGUUUUUAAGCAUUAUAGCAAUCAAGGAUCACUCCUUCAAGAACAAACCUGCAUUGUUUUUGUACAGAUGGUAGGUUUAUUUUUUGAUAAUUCAUACACAUUACUAAACUUUGCAAGACUACGAGGAGCCUAAGUUGUAGCCAGUGGACAGAUGGCAGGGCUGUCUGUCCUGUAGCUGUUUAUUGCCUUUAUUUUUAUUCACCAGGUAUUAAUGUGUUAUGCUGAAACCACUUCUGUAGAUGUGGACAAGAGAUUUGAAAUGUUGGCUUUGCUAUGUGCACAUUGUAUAGAUGAAUGGGUAGAUGGAAGGUGGUGCUGGUUGGUUAAUAUAAAAGCCAGGUGAAACAAUUAUUUGCUAUUUAAGUCUGGAAUCAAGGGAGAAGGAAAGCUGGUUAGUUGGUAAAUGUACGUCUACCAUUUGAGUAAUGCAAUAAAAGCUUAUGGUCUUUUUUAGGAAGACUAAUUACGUUUUUAUGAGCUCUACAGGAUUUGCUUUUAUCACAGUCAUUGACUAUUCAUUUGCUAUAUGUAACUCAAGUUCUGUUUUCUAGUUGCAUACCCAGGGUUUUUUUUUCCAACUGUACUGUGGAGUUUGCCCAGAGAUUUUUCUCUGCCAUGGAAGUCCCCAAUUUUGUGCAAAUGGUGAUAUGUCAAUCUUUAUAAUAAAUACUCCAUUUUAAACUUAUUUAUACAUUUUUGAAAAAUGAAACUGAAAUGGCCAGUUUUUAAGAUUGUGUUGCCUGUAAAACACACACACCCGCACAUGCGCACACACAGAGUAAAUGAUACAGGAAGAGUUAAGAAAGUCCAUCUUGAUCAUAUUUGGCCUUGCAUUGCCUUGUUAAUCUAAAAGGAAACAAUACGCAUGGAGCUAGGUAACCAAAGCAAGUUUGUGAAACUGUCAAGUGGUGAUGGAGAAUUGCUGUGGGGAGCCAUAGAGCAAAGGGAUGGGUACUUGAAACCCACCAGUUUGUAAUGAUAUUUCUUAAAGGGCUGUACCUACAGGUAACAUUAAAUGUGAACUAGACACUUCAGAGUCAUUAAAGGGUUUCUAACUUUAUUAAUGUAAUGGUGAUUUACCACAGGCUGCCUUUGUUCCUUAUUACUGUGUAAAAUAUUUGAUUAUACUUUUAUUAAUUUUGUUUACCAGAAACAGUAACUUUAUUUUCCUCUUUCUCCUGUAUAAUUGAGUAGAGAUUGCAUAGUCUUCAGUGAUAAUUAAUAUAUGGUUGUUAUGGACCAGGAAAAAGUGCCAUAGAAGACCAAUAACUGUUUUUAACCAAGGCUAAUGAUUAGCCUUUCAUUGGAGCAAUAUUCAGUUAUUGCAAUUCAUUCUUAAGUAUAUAUCGGUUGAUAGUUCUAAAGUUGGUGUAUUUUCUUUUUUCAACCCACCUGUAAUAAAAAUGUUUUUAAUAAGGCUAGCAGAAACACCAGCCCACUUCAGUUUUUGAGGGGAAAAAAAGUUGGAACAGAAAGGAAUUCCUUAAAGCUAGCUAAAAUCAACAGGCAGUAUUUUUUAAAUACAUAAACUCCAAUAUUAUUGCACUUCUACAAAGAUGUUAUUGCUUAUUGUACUGUGUAUAGUUCUAAUAAUUUUAAUUGAAACCCUUUAACAACUCUUUGUAUAUUUUAAUUCUUUUUAGUUGAUUUUCAGUAAUAUUUACAUAGGAAUUGAUUUUUUGAUAUAUUAGCAGAAAUGUGCUGUAUUUUGAUACAAUCCACUUAUUUUCUGUGUGUUAUUAAUCUUAAAAGAAUGAGAAACAUGGCUAUAUAAUGGCAGGCUUCUGUAUUCCCUUUCUUCUAAAACCUUUUUUUAAAUUUUUUAUUGACAAUGCAAAAUAUUCACAUCACACCUUCAUUGUUUUUAAUUGUGUUAUUAUCACACUCUGCCUUUUAAAGGGAAUACAUACAAAUAAGUCCUAAAUUAACUUGACUUUACACACAAACUGUAUCUUUUGGUAGGGAAAGGUCCAAAAAGCAGAACUGAUUCUUUAUUGAUCUUGGACUUUGUGUACGUUAUACAGUACGUUUAAAAAGAUCAAUGAGGGGUUAUGCUGUAUUUUAUUUUUGCUUUAAUGUUAACAGAAGUUUCUGAAUUAUACUGUGUCAGUUAAUUUUAUGUAUGUUCGUGUAUGACAGAAAGUUUCUGUUACCAAAAAGAAAACAAAGUUUGGCUAUGAUACAAGUGUAGGACUUCAAUAUUUUAGCAAGAAGUUUAGUAAUUCUUGUGAAAUUACUUGGCCAAAGCCUGUCUUUUAAGUUAGCAAAGUAACUGUGAAAUAAACUAUUGAUGGUGAUAAUUUAGCUCAGAAAAAUUGGAGGCUUUUUGAGGGGGGGAAGGGGUUAUAUGUCUUGCAUUUUUGUGUUCCUUCCAUUUCUGUGUUUUAAGGGUAAAUAAAUACCAUUCUAGAAUUUUUUUUUGAGAAAGUAGUCUGUUUAACUAGACCAUCAAAAUACUGGAGGAAAAGGACUGUAUGAAAGCUAUUAGUUUUUUAAUGGAUCUCAAACUAUACUUUUCAAACAAAAGAAAAAUCUAUCAGCAGCAUAAGUUAUUCAGCAUGAACUUAAUAAAAUAUACAUCAACUCAAUGUUCUUUCUCAUCAUGACAGUUCUUUAAAGAAUCAGUUCAACUGACAUAAUGAAAUUAUGAGAUUUCCUACAUAUUUAUUAUGUAAAUAUUUUUCUGACUUUUGGACUGGAGUUUAAAAAAUGUGUAUAUACUUGAAACAUCCUAUGAACACAAACAUAGCAAUAAGCAACACACUGCAUCAAACUUUUAUGUUUAAUUUGCUUUGGUUUAGAAAUAUUCCCUUGUCAACAGCUAUGAAAUGGUGUUUUUAUUGAUCAGCAUUUAUUCAACAUUCCAAAUUUUUGUAUAUAAUUAGAUUGUUUCUGAGAUAACACAUGGAGAAUAGAUAAUAAACUAAUGCUCUUUAAAGCUG